CUUUGGUUUGUUGACAACAACAAUCUGUCACGCGCUGAUCAGACUUUUACUAACCACAGAAACUUUAAAAAGUUUGUCUGUAGAGAAGAAGUUCUUCGUCCAGUUUCUCAUCUAAUAAUUAAUGUGCCAUCAAGUGGAACAACCGCUGAUCUACAAACAACUCAGUGUCUGACUGCGAUGAACCCAGUCAGUUGUUCAGCAGGAAAACUUGUGGAGGUUUCCCUGGAUCCUGGGAACAGCUGACCGACACCAACAUGAACAGGGAGAAGAUGAUCCUGAUGCUUCUGCUCGGCCUGACCUCCUGUGUGUGCGGGAUGUACCUGGUGAAGAUGUCUCCGCCCCUCUAUGACGCAGAGGAGAACGGUGACAUCACCAUCGGAUGGGACUUUCAGACCACAGCCGACAUGACUCGCAGCAACAUGGUUUGUUUUCUCCAGUCGGAGCCUCUGAAGCUUUUCUAUCAGAUGAUAAAGGGCGUCGAGGCCCCGGAGUCUCAGCAUCAGCAGUUUGCAGGACGGGUUCAGUGCGACGGAGACGCUCUCAGAGACGCACGAGUCAGACUCCACGUGUCCGCAGUCACAGCCGAAGACUCUGGGAACUACAGGUGUGAUCUGGCUGCUGCUUACGACAAAACCACAGGGCGGUGGGAGCUGGAGGCCUCUGAAAAGUUUGUUCUGAAUGUGAGUCGGAGGUCUGAAGGAGGCGCCGCUGACGAACCAUUUACAGGUCAGAAACAGCCAAAGGGAAGUCCACAUGAGGAAUACCUUUUCCUGGCUUUGUUCAUAGCAGCUCAACUCGUGACAGUUGCAGCAGCUCUUGGAAAAAUCUUCUGCAAACGCCCAGAACAGGAAGAUUCAGACCGAAGUGGACGCUCUGGCGCCGAGUCCUGGACUGAUGAAGUUCACGUCCACGUUCCUGAAAACUCCGGUCCUGGAUGAACAGAAACUACUGUAUGUUCCUCUGCAGCUCCGCUUCCUACAGUCUGUGCCUGCACUGUUAAAAAAAACACUGUAUAAUUAAUAUAAGACACUUUAUGACACAUUACUGUCCGUUCCCCUCCUCUGUCCCGGUAAUGGUUAAUUAAAUGCUCCAGACCGUCACAGCAUUAGUCCUGCAAGAAAGAGGGAAAAACCAUUAUUAUUAUUAUUAUUAAGCAUUGUAUUUUUCCAAAUGACUGAUUUGAUGUACAAACUUAAACCAAGUUACCUUUUUGUGCUGAUUCAAGUUUAUGAUCUACCUGUAGCCAAGUAAACCACCAAUCACUGUUCUGCUUAGUGUUGUUUAUAUUUAUUUAUUGUCUGUUUUAUACGUGUAAUUUUAUUUAAACUAUUUCUUUAUUCAUUUCAUUUUAAACGUCUUGUAAACUGCUCUUCCUUGUAAUAAAUAACAGUAAAAACA